CCGCCUCCCCGAGGGCGCCCAGCUGCGGGGAAUCACCCCAGGGCGCAGGCUUCGGGUCGCCCCCUGCGGCGGGUUCGGAGCGCUCAGGGUCCCAGGGCGAUGGGCGCUCUUUUCCUGAGGCCCCAGUGCCCACUCGUUGGGUUCGAGGGUCGAUCCCCAGCCCCCAGCGCGUGGGAACCAGUCCUCGAGGGAAAGCCAGCUCUUGUGCGAUUCCCUCCGCGCCUUCCGGCUCUUCCUGAGUUUGGCUUAAAAGGUGCCUCUGAGAGCUGGGACCUUGCGCCCGCCCGGGGAGCAUCCAGGUGACCCCGUCGGUGCUGCCCCUUGGACGCCCUCCAGGGGCCUCCUUUGGAAGACUCGCAUCACACGCCUUCCGGCCCUGGGGCGGUGUGUGCGCUGUCCAGCGUGGUGGCCACUGGCCUCACUUGGCACAGCUCAGCGGGAAAGUGGUGCCCUGUCCUCUGUGAGAAGAUGUCCUACGGAGCCAUCACCGGUAGCGGCGGCCUGGGGAGCCGAGGCCCUUUUGGGGGACCCUCGAGACAAGGCUAUCAGCCCCUAGAGUGCGCUAAAUGUUGGACAGAGUAUGGAAUCCGCCAUUUCCCCUGCCCGUCGCCAGAGAACAACCCGCAGGACCCCUGUGUGGGCAAGGACGGGGAAGGUGACCUGGGGCCAGCGGGCGCUCCCAGAGGCCUGAGGGCCAGGAAGCGAGGGCCAGGGGUUGCCCCCGAAGGCCGAGGGAUGCCAGAGCCCACCUCGCCGCCCACCGCCGGCCCGAGGAAGGACUCGGCUGCCGGGGCCCAUGGCUGGAUGGCGGGAUCCAGCGCCUCCCGGGCCAAGAAGAGGAAGCCCAACUUCUGCCCCCAGGAGACAGAGGUGCUGGUGACCAAGGUCAGCAAGCACCACCAGCUGCUGUUUGGCUCGGGGCUGCUGAAGGCCGAGCCCACCCGCAGGUACCGCGUGUGGAGCCGUAUCCUGCAGGCCGUGAACGCCCUGGGCUACUGCCGCCGCGACGUCGUGGACCUCAAGCACAAGUGGCGGGACCUGCGUGCCGUCGUGCGGCGCAAGCUGGGCGACCUGCGCAAGGCAGCCCCCAGCCCUGGCUCCGGCCAGCCCCAGGCCUUGGCUCUCACGCCCGUGGAGCAGGCGGUGGCCAAGACCUUCUCCUGCCAGGCGCUGCCCUCCGGGGCCUUGGGCCUGGAGCCGCCCAGAGCCACCCAGGUGGACCUGAGCGACCUCCAGGAGCUGUUCCAGGGGACAUCGGCCAAUGUCUUCCGAAUCAACUCUAACGUGACCUCCUUGGAGCAGAGCCUGCGGUCCCUGGGGACGCCGAGUGACACACAGGAGCUGCGGGACAGCCUGCACACGGCGCAGCAGGAGACUAACCACACCAUCGCUGCCAGCACCAGCGCCAUGAAGCAGAUGUCGGAGCUCCUGCGAGGCUGCUCCCGGCAGGAGCGUCUUCAGCUGGACAGCCUGAAAACUCAGCUCUCCGAAGCCAUUCAGCGCUAUGGAGCCGUGCAGAAGAAAAUCGCAGAAAAGUCCAGAGCUCUGCUUCCCACAGCUCAGAGGGGUGGCAGACAGCAGCAGAGUCCCCGGCCCCCUUUUGCCGAGUUGGCUGAGGAUGAGAAGAUCUUUAAUGGAGGUGAUGGCAUGUGGCAGGGCCAGGAGCAGGCGCUGCUUCCGGAAAUCACAGAGGAGGACCUGGAGGCCAUUCGGCUGCGUGAGGAGGCCAUCCUGCAGAUUGAGAGCGACUUGUUGGACGUGAACCAGAUCAUCAGGGACUUGGCCUCCAUGGUGUCAGAGCAAGGAGAUGCCAUCGGGUCCAGCGGCAGCAAGGUCACGUGCCGGCGGAGCUCCAGCCCCGAGCCAGCCGUGGCGGCCCUGCUGCCUGGGCCGGGCUUCGAGCCCCUGCGGCCAAGUCCCCACUCCCGCACCAAGACGCGCAAGCCCAACUUCAGCCCCCAGGAGACGGAGGUGCUGGUGCAAAGGGUGACGCGCCACUACUCGCUGCUGUUCGGGGCGCUGCGGGCCACGCCCGCCCGGAAGCACCGCGUGUGGAGCCGCAUCCUGCAGGCGGUGAACGCGCUGGGCUACUGCCGGAGGGACCUGGGUGACCUCAAGCACAAGUGGCGGGACCUACGUGGGGUGGUGCGCAGGAAGCUGGCGGAGCGCCCCCAGGCUCCGGCCGAGGGCAGUCCGGCCCCCGCCCUCAUCCUCACGCCUGUCGAGCGCAUGGUGGCCGAGACCUUCUCAGCCGUGGGCCCCCCAGGCGAGGGCCAGGCCACCGAGCCCCUGCCAAAGAGUAUUGAAGCCAGCCUCGAGGCGGCGGCCAGCGAGCUCCUGGCUGGAGCCAGCCGGCAUCAACCGAUGAGGACGACGAGGCCCCCAGCUGCCUGUGGCUGCCCCUGCGAACUGUGGAUGGGCCCAGCCUGCCCGAACCUGACUCCCUGGACCUCCGAGGAGCCUUCCCCGCGCCCACCUCCUCGCUCUCCCCACCUGCCUCACCCGCCUCGGCCCCUCUGGCAGCCACGAUCCCGGGGGCUUUCCGGCCUUCUCCACCCUCCUCUGUACCACCCCAGCCCUCUGGGAGGCCCAUGGUGGCCGAGGCCUCCGAGUUUGAGCGGCGGCUGCUGGACUCCCAUCGGCGUCAGGGCGCCCUGCUCUCCUCCUGGUCCCAGCAGCAGAGCGCGCUCUUGGCCCAGCAGAACCUGCUGCUGCAGCGGCUGGCGGAGCAGAGCCAGAGGCUGGCCGACGGCAUGGAGGCCCUCAACCGGACCCUCGAGAGGCUGGUGGAUGCCUGCCCGGCCCCCAGAGCCUCGCCCACGGUUCAGGACAGCACCCCUGCUGGUGGAGGGGCCCAUGGACCUGACCAAGGCUCCCGGGGAAGCCCCCAGGACCCCCCCACAGGCCUGGAGGUCUUCUCAGGGAUGAUCCUGAAGGUGGAGGAGGAGCUUUAGGGUCAGGACCACAGUGGAGUGGGACUCCAGUCUUAAGAGGCGGGGCCUUGACAGAACCAGAAAGGACACAGGCCAUCCACCUGUGGCUGCCCCUUCUGUUGCCAUGGUCGCUGGGGCUUGGUGUUGUGCAAAGAAGGGCUCUGAGAGCCAGUCGGCUGGGGGACCAGGCAGAGUUGUACUCAGGGACGACACAGUUGGGAUGGCAGAGGGUCGCUAGCAGGGGGCGAGCCAGCACGUACAGGCAGCCAGCAGCGGGGGCGGGGAGAAGCACACGGGGGCAAUACCCCCAGACUGUCCCCUUAGGGUUGGACCCUAGAAAUGUGGCUGGGCUGGCUGUCAAGAAGGCCCCCUGACUGUCCCGAGUGACUCCUGGAAGCCCCUCCAUGGGCGUAUGUGGACUCAAAGGGCCUGGGCUUCUGGGUUGGCUUGACUUGGGCCCAGGGAAUCAACCACGUCCCAAAUAUGGGCCGUCUCUACUGUUACAUGUCUGUUGUAUGAGACUCAUAUGCACAUAUGUUCCUUGGUACUGUAUGGGGGGAUGCCCUUUUGUUACCUGUUGAUUUUUUUUACAAAAAGUAUUUUUUUUAUUUAAGCAUAAAAUGACAAAAAUGGCCGUAAUGGUGAUGCU